UGUCUCGGUCGCGGAGCACUCUGGUCUCGGAUCUUCCUGUGGUCAUAACAAUCACAGCCGUUCUGGGGAAAAUGGCUGCCACUACUUCAUUCAGCACAGCCUAUGUUUACACACCCGAAUUAUACCCAACCAUUUUAAGGCAUACUCGCUCCACUCAUCAGACUUCUGGAAGUCUACCACACACCACCCCCAUGCUGAUAUACGGCAUUGUUCCCAUUGUUGCUGGGGGGUUCUGUUUGCUUUUGCCUGAAACUCUCAACGUCCAACUUCAGGAUCAUGCAGAGCCUAAAAAACCAGUCACCGGAACCUCAGAGGACCACCUCGGACAAAUUGUAGCAGAGCACAAGCUUUAAUUGUUACUGUAAACAUAUCCAGAAGUGCAGUUUCUGAUUGUUUUAUUGUACUAUCAAGUGUUCAAGCUGUCAACUACAGAUUUCAGAUCUUUCCUGGGUUUUGGAAGCGGAAACCAGGAAACUAGUAAAUUAACGGGCCAGUUUUCUCUCCUUUCAAUUAUCACAAUUAAUUCACUAACUGAAGGUUUAUUAGAAAAUUAGUUAAUCAACAUAAGCUCCUAUCAAUUUCAAAUGUUUUGUCAAUUGUUGUAAAUAAAUAAGCCAAUAUAUUGUUGCUCUGUUACAUCUUGUCAAUGUUAUUAGUGACUAAAUAAGUUAAAAUAAUAAAAAACUAGAAUAUUGUAUAUGC